CUGGAGACGCUCUCAGCUUCCCCCUGCCGUCCUCUGUCAGAGGUGCACGGGGAGUUCAGGCUUCAAAAGCUCUUCAUGCGUAGCGGGCUGUGAGCACAGCGAUAAAUAAAAUGUUAUAUGCCAUUUUAGAUCCGCUACAGGUAUUUUUCAUUUUCUUAUAUGAAGCCUUGCUUGCCAGUUGAUUGUACUGCACCCCGCUGCACGGGGAGGAAGUUUAAGCGUGAGUGACAGAUUUGCUGUGGAGUGUGGUGCUGCGCUGCCUCUGAAGUGAUGGGUCUGGGUCCGUGGUUUCCCGUGUCACCUCGAGUUUCCUCCUGCCAUGAUAAGCUGAUACCGAAGAGUUGCAGUGCAAUAAAUCCUGAUGUCGCUUUGAUUAUUUCUGCUACUAGAAGUCCUAUCCAAAGGCAAAACACCAGGAAGUGCAAAGUAAUGUCAGUAUGACAAACUUAGGAAAGAAUGUGCAGAAUUCUGUUCUUUUAGGACUAGGUUAUUUCCGCACUGCAUCUACACACUCUAUUCCAGUUGACACAAACAAAGAAGCGAUUAUUUGUAACGUAUUAGCCAAAUCCUUAGACUCUCUGAUUUCUGGCAUGAAAGUCUUUUGUGUCUGUGACUUUAAAUGAAACAAAUGCUGAAUUUUGGGCUGUUGUUAAAGGGGUUGUAGCACCUGUGGAGUUCUAAGAAAAACAGUCAUGCUUAGUAAAAAUUUUCUUGUUUUUUCACAGAAUAGCUUUAAAAAAAGCUACAGAGCAAGAUUCUGCCAUGGAGGAGGAAGUAAGAUUGAUGUACGGCCAGGUCAAAAUGUACUGAAAGUCAUACAGGAUUGUUUUGAAAGUUGUGGCAGAGAUCUUGCAAUAAGGUCUCCAAGUACAACAUGUUGCUCAACUCCUAUUGACAGAAAUGAGAGGAAGACUUUCCUGCAGAGCCGACGGCCAAAAGCAGGGUUAACUGAUGCUGUGGAAAGAGCCUGUAAUUCUGUAGUGUCCCUACAUGUGUCACCACUGGAAACGGCCACCGACAGAGGAUGGUCACAUGAAUCAUCCCUGAAGCCUGCAAUAAAUGAUUGCAUAGCUGAUUCUAAAAAAGGAGAGUCUCCUGUGCCUAAAGGAAAAACAAAUAAUAUAUUAAAAGAUGCUGAAGCGCCAUGCAAAAUUCCUCUCAUGUUUUCAGACCCUGAGGACGAUCAUGGGUCUGUUGGAUCUCCUCCUGUGGAGGAACUGAAAAGUUCUCCUGCACUUUUAUUACUUUUGGAUGACCAAAAUUCCCCUGCUGCAGUUAAGAGACAUGUGGAAGUUGAAAAUGUGGAAGCACCUCAGACUGGGAGAGAGAAGCAGGUUACUCUUGUGCAGGGAACGGAACAUAUUGCUACGUCUUCUGUACAGAAAGAGAAAUCUUUCUCUGCGGUUGUCUUGGAAGCUGUAGCAACGGGAGCGCUUGGAAAAAGGUAUUCAGCCACAACAUCACCGUCAUCACCUCCUCCUGUGAAAGAUCAAGAUACAGAAAUAGAAAAUGAAUGUGAAUUUUUAAUUGAUGAAUCAGAUAGUGAAUCUUCUAAUUGGUUUUCAAUACCCCAAAAGAACAAAAAGUCGAGAAAAGAUGGCUCUGCAACUCUUGUUUCUCAAGCUCAGCCCUCUGAAAAUGAGAAGACAGAGAGUAAGAAAGGCAAGAACAGAAAAGUACAGGUUGAAGCACUUACUAAACGGAAAACGGAUGAUUUGGAUGUCACAGCAUAUGACUUCAGAGGAACAUCUGAAUCAGAUCUAGUCUCCAACAGUAAAGGAAAUGUCCCUAAGUUUCAAAGGCAAAACAGUACUCCUAUGGGAAAGACUAAAAAGGAUACUGUUAGGCAUGGCUCUGCAAACCAGAAAAAGGACAUGUCCCACGAACCAGAAGAUGAAGAACUGCUGUUGUCAUGGUCUGGAUUGGAAACACAAGCAUCUGAUACAGAACAACAUAAAACAAGGGUGAAGCCAAGUGAGGAUUUGCCUAUGCCCUCAGAUGGCCAUCAGCAAGAGGAGACUGUGUCUCAAAAAAAGAAUCUGCAGUCUUCCAAGCAGGUGGCUUCAAAAGCUCCUCAGCAUUUAGUUCACAAGAAACAAACUGCUAAGCAGAAACUUCGAAAAGAUACAGUAGCUAAGACACUGGUAGAAAGUCCAAGGAAGAAUCUUAAAAAAUCUGUCAAGAAACAUAGUAAUAAAAAGCCUCACUUAAAAAGAGAAGAGAGUUCUGACAGUGACCCUGGUGAAGAAGAGUUUGAAAGGGAGCCUGUAAAAUUGAAUGAAGUGUUUACCUCACCCCUGCAUCAGAAACUGGAGAGUUCUGUGAUUCAGAAGUUGCCUAAGUCUAAAAGAAGAAGCUGUCUAAAGCCUAAGAAUUUAUUGCGCCCACUGGAGUCACUCGGUGGUGCAAAUUACAAAACUCCUGAAAAAGCACUACAGCAUCUCAUAGACUGUGUGAAGAAUUCUGAAAGGAAACAAUUGUCAGCUGAGUCUUCAGAGAAGAUACCCAAAAAGAUUAAUUGCCAAACCAGUAAAGGUGUUUCCUCAAAACCUGAGGACACAGAGUCUCAAGUGGAUUCUGACAGCUCUUCUGUACAGGAUGUAGCAAGAAAAAAACAGAAGUUACCAGAUGUGGAAAUGAGAAGUAACAAAAGAAAACGUAACACACAACAUAAACUACAAUUUUCUUUUGCAGCUGAGAAGCCUAAGAGUGACAAAAGUGGGCCUGUUCUAGAACAUUGUGAUAAACAAGCUUCUAGAAGGAAAUCAUGUGAACAAGACAGUACAUCUUCAGGUAAUUCUGAAGACUUAUCUUACCAAAUGAGAGAUAUGUUCUCAAACAGCAUAUCAAGGCAUAAAAUAGUGCUGCCUUCCAACACACCUAACGUUCGUCGGACAAAAAGGGUACGACUAAAGCCUCUGGAGUACUGGCGGGGCGAGCGUGUAAACUACAGGAUGAUGCCUUCAGGAGAGCUUGUGGUGAGUGGAAUAGUGUGUCCUGAAAAAGAGCCUUAUAGGAAGUUUAAACAGAGGAAGCGUGGUCACAAGCAGAAAAGAGAUGAACCAAGAAAUGAGAUACCUGCAAAUUUGGGUCACACCCUAGUUGACAAGUCUAAACCGGCCAUUGUAGUGGAUGUAGAAACAAAUCAGGAAAUCUUUCUAGUAUGUGUUAACACUGAAAGCAGUCACUCAUGCUUCUUCAGAGAUGAAUCGAUAGAAAUAUAUAAAAAUUUGAAUACAUCUGAUUUUUCCACUGGUAGAUUGAUUUUGAAACCACUUAAACAAAAGGGACACCAGUUUGUCCACUUGGAUACAAUAGCUUUCCAUGUUAUCCACGGAAAAAUUAUUGUUACCUUACAUAAGACAUCAUACUGUCUGUCUACAGGGGACUUCUUCUAUGUUCCAGCAGGAAAUGGAUAUAACAUAUAUAAUCUUCUGAAUGAGGACAGUGUUCUUCUCUUCACACAACUCAAAAGAGACAGCUGAAGAACUUUCUGCAAGAAAGUUUGCUGAAACACUUCAAGCUUUUAUCAAAAGCAAGAAACAUGUUUCUGGAGACCUGUUCCCCAUAACUUUGCCUGCAAAUCAAAGAUCAUCUAAUGCAAAGAAGUUGAAGAACACUAGCUACCAUCAAGCUGGAAAUUCACCCCGGUUUUAGGGGCAUGUUGUUUCAUCCAUCUUAAAAGAUCUUCCUCCAGUGUAAAUUGUAAAUACAUGGUUUAUAACAAAUUAUUUUUUUCUUUUGUAUCAAUAAAUAUUAAAUAAUGUAAA